CCAGAGAGUUCCCUCUCCUUUACACAUGCACAGAAAAAAGGAGGGCAGAGCGAGAGAGAGAAAGGAAAGAGGAGGACGUGAAGAGGGAAUGUGACAGAAGGAGAAAGACAAGAGGAUCAUCUUGAAAGAAAACAGCAGCAUUUUACUACAGGAGGAGCACGCCUUGAGGAGAUCUUUAUACAUAUUACAGGAGAGAGAUAGAGAAAGACAGAGAGCGAGAGAGGGAGGGAGAGAGAGAGAGAGAGAGAGAGAGAGGGAGAGGCUGAUCUACUGUAGCAGCUGCCAGAAACAGUGAGGAAGCAGUUUGUAGAAGCCAGAGAAGAGAACCUCUCCUCAUCAUGGGCAAAUCAGCCUCCAGGCUGUUUUGUGAGGAGGUGUUGAAGACUCAUAAUGAGUACAGGAAGAAGCACCAGGCCCCACCAUUAAAGCUCAGCAAGGAGCUAAGCAGAGAUGCAGAGAGAUAUGCAGAGAGUCUGGCCAGCACAAGGAUUCUAAAGCACAGUGUUGAGUCUAGUAGAGGAAGCUGUGGAGAAAACCUAGCCUGGGCAUCUUACGAUCAAUCAGGUAAAGACGUGUCUGACCGCUGGUAUAACGAGGUGAAUCAGUACAACUUUAACCAUCCUGGAUUCUCCUCCGGCACCGGUCACUUCACCGCGAUGGUGUGGAAGAGCUCAAAGAAGCUGGGCGUGGGUAAAGCAGUGGCGUCGGAUGGUUCUACCUUUGUGGUGGCUCGCUACUUUCCUGCCGGCAACAUCACCAAUCAGGGCCACUUCCAGGCCAACGUCCUACCGCCAAAGAGCUGACCCCAGAAAAGCCAUGGAGCCAGAGCACAGAAGACAUGGACAUGGGGAGAGAGAUGAAGGUCUAAGAACAGCUAACAGAGGCCCUGGAGGGCCAAGCAUUAUCACACUGACGGCCUUAACCUGUUAAACUUACUUGAAUACUAAGUUUAGCCUGUGUUCACAAACAUCAGCACAUGUAGAUCUGCUGACCCUCAGUUCAUAUCUGUUCAGAGGUGUCCAUCCUCUUUAACAUCUUUAUUAUUCUAACGAACCACUCGCUGUUCCUGAUCUUUGUGAACAUGGGGAGAAUUGUAUCUUCAGAACAUUUUAAGAACUUGAAGAUGGACUGAAUGUAAUGUGGGAUGCAGGAUCUUUAGUGGAGAGGUGCCUUUACAUUUUUUGUAUUCCAACAAAGUCUCACAUAGUCCACACAGUGCUUUUAAGUAUUAUGGCUGAUGUUUGUUGUUAGCCAGAGGGAAACUCAUUCAUUUUCAUGCAAUACAGUGGGAAAGUCAGGAAUCACUUUUUAUUUAAUUUCCAGUCUGGAAAUACAGCCAUCAAGUACAGGCCAUCAGGAACAAAUUACAUUUUACAUCUGAGAAAAAAACAAAAAAUAUAUUUAAUAAAAAUCAACUUCAAAAACUAAAUAUAAUCUCUUUUUUUAAGUAUUUAGUACGAACAUAUUUCGCCUUUUUUACUGUUCUCAUUAUUUUGGGAAGCCUGCUUUCAGUAUUUCACAAAAAUCUGCAGACACAUACUCUGAAAAGUUCAGUCUUAGAAGUUGGUCGCAUUUAUAACUUCUCCAGAUCCAAGAGGCCCAAUGUUCUCUCUAUCUUAUAAUAAUUUUUGAACCACUAGUUUUGUAAACUCCUGCUUUUUCAAGAUGACUUUCCCUUCUUCAUGUGAGUGGAUUAUCUUACAUCUAAACUCUUCAGAAAUAUCCCCUGAAAAUUAAAUAUCUUGCACAUAAUGGCCAUUUUGACUGGAAGUUAAAUAAACAAAUGGUGCACAGUAUUGUACACAUGCUUAUUUCCGCAGGGAACAUCUUCAUUCUUCAGUGUUACAGAACCUACAUUCACAUUAUAGGCCUCAUUGUUCAAAUCUGAUUUUUUGCUUAAAUCCGAUUUGUUUGACAUGAUGGUUCAACCUUGUUUAGGUAAAUGACUCAAAUUUUUUAAUAAUGCGGAUGAACCGGCAUCCUGAAAUGACUUGCAUGAACAUCCUACUCAGUAUCGUCAUGUGAAUGAAUCACUGCGUCAUAAGCACAAACUAACAAGCAGAACGAGCUUCGCUGAGAAGAUCAUUAACUCUGAUCAGCUCUCAGCUUCAUUAUUAGAGCCAGACGAAGGAGAAAAAGGUGAGAUGAGCUGCUUUUCCACCGUUUACAGGCUUUAACUUCUGCGGCGCUGCUGCCAGAGUAACUCUGAAUGAUGGCGCAGUGGAAAAAAAGCACAAGAAUUCCGUUCUGAGUAUCACAUUAAGGUCACAUGGAAUCGGCUACAUAUGCGAACUAGGAUGAGAUAUGAAAGUGGCUUAGGCCGGUUUUGCAAAGAUCAGGUUUGUGUCCACAUAGGCCUGAAAACAUCAGAUGUGAGUCACAUUAGGGCAAAAAAUCAGAUUUGCACGAAUUCAACCUGGUAAUGUGAACAUAGCCAAAGUAUUUGGAAUGACUGCUACAUAAAUUCUAAAUGUCCAACUUGUGCUCUUCAUUGUUUGACCAUUUUUCAUGUCUUGCACAGAAAUAUCAUUUGUUGCUUGUGUAUUAUGUAUUAAACUCAUAGCUGUUUUGAAAUAA